AUGACGAAAAAUUCUUUCGUCUUAUUUACGUCGCUUUUUAUUUUCUACCUAAGUUUCUCUUUUCAUGUUUAUACCUUUUGCGAUCUUCUCCUUUCCUCACGGGUGAACAUUCUUAUUCUUUUUAUUAAUUAUUUUCCUUUUUCCUCUUCUCCUCCUCCUACAUUUUCUCCUCCCCCUCUUAUUUGCUUCUUCUUCUUCUUCUUCUUCUUCUUCUUCUUCUUCUUCUUCUUCUUCUUCACCGUCUGCUUUUUCUUCCUUUUAUUCUCCCCCCCUCCUUCCUUCUGUUCCCUUUUUCUUCUUCGCACCCAGUCUCCUUUCCCGCGACUCUUUCUUGCGUUUCUCCUCCCCCUCCUUCUCGCUCUCGUCCGCAUUUCCCCCCUUCUUUCCUUUCUUCCUCUCCUUCAUCCUCCCCACUUCGUUGUACCCAGCCCCAUCAUUCUCGUGACCCUCUCUUACUUUUCUCCCCCUCUUUCUUGCACUUAUUUUGCUCUUCCUCCCCUCUCUCUCUUUCUUCCCUCCUCCCCUUCUUCCAUCCUCUUCUCCAUCGUCUUCAUUUUCUUCGUUGCACCUAGCCUUCAUUCUCGUGUUCCUCUCUUACUUUUCUCCCCCUCUUUCUUGGACUUAUUUUGCUCUUCCACCCUCUCUCUCUUUCUCAUCCCCCCUUCUGCCAUCCUCUCCUCCAUCGUCUUCAUUUUCUUCGUUGCGCCUAGACGUCUUUCCCGCCACUCUCUCUUACAUUUCUGCUUUGCCUCAUUAAAACUCAUCGUUGAUCAUUUGCGUCAGAAAUGUCCCCCAAACAAUUGCCCUUUCUCCCAGCCUGAAAUACUGGCGCUAACUUUAGACAGAGCCUUGGGGCUGGAGAAAAGAAGAAAACAGCGCAAACUAGGGAUUCUCUUUCGUAGAACGAGAUUCACCAUUUCCAUGUUGUCAAAUGUCUCAUUUAUUUGUUCUUGCCAGCUCUCUCUUUUCCUUUUUUUCGUUGUCGUCUGCUUACAAAAUCUUUCUUUUUACCCUCUUAACUUUUCUUCCUCUCUUCUUUUUUUAUAG